GCCUUAUUUAAGCACACUCUGUAUUUGUUCUGUUUAACGUAGAGAGGAGAUGUCACCUCAUGUAAUGCUGUCCUACCAAUGGGAUGACCAGGCUCUUGUUAAAAAGGUUUACGAUCGUCUCAAAGAGGAUGGAUUACCAGUCUGGAUGGACAUUGAAGGGGGAGUGUCAGGAAAUAUCAAUGACGCGAUGGCCGCCGGAGUGGAAGAGGCGGCAGUGAUAUGUCCCUUCAUGACUCCGGCGUACCAGGCCUCCCGCAGCUGUAAGAAGGAGCUGAACUACGCAGAUAUGCGGGGGGUCAAUAUAGUGCCCGUGAUGCUGGCAAAGAACUGGGAGGCCAGCGAGUGGCUGGGGUUGAUUACAGCAGGUCUGCUCUGGAUGGAUUUCAGAAAUGCAGAGAAAAGUGAUGACCAUUUUGAAAAGUGCGUCAAGUCCUUGGAGGAUGAGAUUAUGUUUAGCGUGGGGAACCUCCUUACUGUGGAGGCCCCCGCCCAUGGGGUGGACGGCCGGCCUGAGGAGCGACCCUCCCUGAGGAAGAAACCGGGACGAGGGUUCCGCCAUGCCCUCACGGGACUCUACCUGUGGGAAUCAGGUGAACAGAAAUUCCACCCGGUCAGUGAUGUCAGGAACUCAGUGGAGCUCCACGAGUCACCAGGAGACAACGGAUACUGGGAGGAAAUAAAGGGCAAUGACUGCAAACAUUACAGGAAUGUGAUUACAAAUGGAUAUCUGGGAUUUGACCCCGAUGGAAAUUACGUUUACACGAAAGCGAAUCCCUAUGGGGCAGAGGAGUGGCUGCUGAUGGUGGACGAGAGUGACCAGAGCCCAGAGAGGGCGGUGGUCAUAAAGAACAGGCACUCCCAGAGGUUCCUCGCCGUGCAAAAUGGCAAACUGGCCGGACUGACGAGCUACACUGAAGGCUGCAAGUGGUUUUUAGAGUAACGGAGCAAAUCAUAUUCAUUUUGGCUGUCUGUCAUCUUGGUAACCCAUUACAGAGUUACCAAGGUUACACUUCACAAAGCCUUAAAUAUUGCAACUGCCUCCUGAACUUUAAAAUAUUUUAAAAUAAAAAAGAAGCA